CUCUAUUCAACACCCACUCCCGAGAUUGCACCACGCAGCUAUCGUCUUCUUUUCCCUCCAGACGUCAUUAUCAAUCGACGGUGUUUGCCCAGCCCACCAGUCCUGGCCUCCUCCCUCCCAUCAGCCGCAGCCUUGAACCUCACUCCAGCUGUAGCCGUUGCACUGGCCGUGAUCCCCCCCUCUGACUUGUCUUCGUCCUGCACCACCAGAGGGACGGCCACAGAAAGCAAGGAGCUCUCCGCAGGGGCGGUGCGGAGCUCCCUCGUCUCUGAGUUGUCUCCCGGCCCUGACUCUCGGGAGGGCGGCAGCUUUCGAGAUGGAGGGCUGCGGAGAGACGGGAAGGGGUCUGCCACAGCUGGCAGCUCUGACGGCCAGCUGGUGGUGUCUGUCUGCAUCAGCGGGUCGGCCUGUCCAGACGGUGGGCGGGCGGAUGGCACAUCAGAGGCCGCAGAAGAGUGCAUCGACUUGACCCUCAGAGGCAGAGACGUCCACCAAGGGGAGGAAGGUGGGGCUCUCAGCACUGCACGGCGCAUUGUCCUCGUCGACCGGAUCGGGACAAACACUUUCGGCACGGCAUACUUGGGCUUCGUCGUUGGCCUGUCCUCCUGCGCCCUCUGCGACCUGGGGGAGAGGAUAGUCGGCUUGAGUGAUGGGGGGAGGGGUGUCGGCUCAUUCGCACGCUGGAUGAGAGCCGCCUCGGUUAUCUCACAUCGUGUUCGUGGCGGCAGCUCGGUUGACAGAGUGAUGGUUGAAGUGUCGACGGGCAUCGCUCGGGGAAGCGGCUCUCGCGGCGUUCGGAGACUCGCGAGAGACACCUCAUAAUCAUCAUCUUGUGUGCGCGACUUUGGCCGCAUUCCCGUGUCGAUGCGAGCGUCGCCUGGCUGACGUUUGGGGCGGGGAGGGGGGCGGGGAGGGGGGCGGCGAUAGGAUGGCCGCACUGUUGUCCCGUGGUCCUCAACAUGAACGCGAGGCGUCCAGAGAUUCUAAAUGAGAAAAGACAUACCAGAGGUAGACCAUUCCAUGUCUGUGUCUCACUCGCUGACCGUGGAUUUGUUGAGCAGCAGAAAGGCUACGGGCCCCAUUUGGCUGAUAUCUUGUCCCAUGACCUCAACAAACUCCUCCCUCUUCUCCAGCAGACACGGCUGGUAGCUAGACCGAUAAGACACCAUGGCACUGGCCUUAGCAAUCCGGGACGUGUCGAGCGGCAGAUCCGUCUGCGUCCGAGCGGUGGUCGGCUCGGUGGACGGGAGCGUCGUACGCUCAGUCCGCCUGCGACGCUUGCGGCGACUAAUGGUGACCAGAGAAGAGGACGGGAGACAGAGUGAUGAUGUUCCUUUGUGUCUCGUCUCUCUGUGCCGAACAUGGCUUACGUCGGUGGAGCUGCCUUGCACGUGUGGAUCAGGAUAUCCAUGAGUGCCGCCUUCUCAGGCGACAGCGGCUCCACAAGGCUAGAAUCCUCCACACGCCGCCGGAGGCAAAGCCGUCUCAUCGAAGUGCCGAGUUCAGUCGAUCUCUUGGUAAUCGGCUGCACCACCUCCUCCUCGCCGCUCGGCUGCCUGCGAGCCCUCUCAGGGCUCACUGCCCGGCUGGCCGGCGCAGAGAACGACAGAUACGGCAGCGGCAUGCCCGGCAGCACCCCGUCAGCAAGAGCAGCCAGCAGCUGGUCGUCCGAAUCCUCCCGUUGCAUCCUCGGCAGCUGCAGCUGGGUAGCGGACGAUGGCCGUGUCUUGGACAGCCGAGAGCCCCGCGACCGAAUGCUUGAGCUGGCGGAGGAUCCCUCACGCCCGCCUUGGGUGAGAGAUAGGCUGCGUGAGGGGAAGGCCAUGCCGGGCAUCAUGGCUGUGGGCGACUCGGACAACUCCUCCUCGGGCGUCUCUAUCCAGCGCCCUUCUACCGGCUGUGUCCACCCAAUGGAUGUCGGUAGAAAGCCUUUGAGCCAGCUGGUCUGGGGGAUGACGGACAAAUGACUGUCGAAGCCGAUCAGCAGGUCGCCGGGGCUUUCAUUGGUCUACAUGCCGAUACAGAAACAAAGAAGGUAGGUGACGCAGGGCGAAUUGCUGAGUGACAACAUUACUUGUUUGAAUGAGAUGUAUGUGAGUGGACUUGGGAAGGCGAUCUGCUUCAGGAUGGUCAGGCUGCGGUUCCAGAUACGCACCUCGUGAGCCACACUGCAACACAUACACACAACACAGCUAUGCGUAUGUAGAGCCGCAUCUGUGUCGCGGCACUGUGUUUUCCCACCUGAUCGAAGCAAAGACGUUAAGGUUGAUGGAGUAGUCGAUCUGCAUCACCUCUGUGGCAUGGAUCUCACCAACGACCUCUGUCCACCGAUGUCGCCGCCGACGUGAGCCGGUCUUCUCUAUCGACACCACCUGCACACAUCAGACAAGACAAUGGAUCAGACACCGACUUGUUCGUGCCUUGGCUGCUGAGACAGGCAGCUCACGUGUCCUGUUGUCGUGCCCACAGCAAUGCCCCCAAACUGCAAAGCGAUUUCAUCACGCUGUACGUCCAUCCAGCGCUCGUUGCCACUGUCAGCUGACGAAGAGGCUGAAGAAGAGGAACCGCUCUCACCGUCAGGCUCCUUAAAGCCAAUACUCCUCCGCUUGAGAGUCGUCGAUCGGCGCUUGUACGGCGUUUCAGCAAGCUGGGUGGUCUUGCGGGAGGGCCGCUCCACGUGUCUCUCGAGGAAAGGCGCGAACGAGACAGGCAGGCCAUAGACGCUUCCCCCCUUGAGCGCCAGCCGCUCGACAAUCCUUGCCUUCUCCACAUCCCAAAUCGUGAAGUUGAGGGUCACGUCAGUGAGGAUGACCUUGGCUUCAAGCGGCGACAAAAUCACCUCCAUCCCAGCAAUCUUGGUGGUCAGCGCGCGGUACCUCCCGUGCAGCUGGAUGGGCGGAGCCGCCGCAGCACUGGGGUAGGGCCGCUGGGCCGCUGGCCUGUUCUCGAGCACCUUUUGCAUCUUGAUGUUCUGGUACCAGAUGAGGUGCAUCGACGCACGCCUGUCCGCCUUUACCACCGUGCGCCGGAUUGGGUUGAUCAUCACAUCGGCGCCGCCCAUCCGGUAUCCCUCUGGAGGCAGCACUUUGGCCACGUCCUCGAGCGUGAUGCGACGGCUGCCCGGUUUGUUCGACGUGAGGGAAGCUCGAGAGCUGGAGGAGUGAGAGCGGUCGCCGCCGAAAAGCGCCUUGUGGAGCUUUGGGGCUGAUGCCCUUGGGCGUGUGGGGGUGAAGAGGCUGCUGAUGCCGUCCUCAACGGCAGGCAUCGGCGCAACUGAUUGCUUCGGAGCGGACCGAUGGAUCCACGACAUGAUCUCAGGCUCCAGAUGACCGGCGUACACACUGCAACAGAGAGGCAGGAGAGUAACUCCUGUCCAUUCCUGAGCUUCUCACUGACUGACCGUUUGACAUCUGCCCAUGCGGGACUCGUAUGUAGAAUGUCUCGAAGUCGGACGGCGAGGAGCCGCCCCGCCUCGGUGCCCAGCAGCACCACCCAGUCACGAUGAGCUGGGGUGGCUCGAUGGGCGGACUCGCCCUCCGUUGACGGUUGUAGUGUGCCCGGUCGUGUGUGGAGGAUGCGUGUGGCGGGGAGGAAGCCCGUGCCACCGAGAAGCUCAUCCAUCUCUGGAGCGUCGCAGAAGCUGGUCGUCAUCGACUCGAAACGAUCACUGAGAGCCAAAAUAGUCGUGUCUCACUUGUGCUCGUGUGUGUCGGUUCAUCUGCUCUUUGAUCUUCCUUACACACAGAAUGAGACGAAGUCGCUGUCCGACUCGGAUGAGCGGACCUCAAUGGACGAGAAGCGGCGCAGGAGGAUCGGCGUGACCCCCAGCUCGUCUCCAUUCGCCCCGUGCGCUCUCGCCGGCUCUCGACGGAGCAGCUGGCGCGACGAUUUGCUUCUCGUCAUCCGCCGCUGUGUCUUCGCCACACUUCUCCUUUUCUUCUUUCGCCUCCUGAAUCUGCUUGUGGUGGUGCUCUUGUCGCUUUUCUUCUGUCGCACGUGAGUUUGGUGUGAUGCGGGCGAAGAUGGCCGUGAGGCGCUGUCGUGGGGCGAGUCUGGUCGGGGAGGCGCGAAUGGCGGAGUGAAGAAGACCGCGACCUCAAAGGACGACAGCAGGAGGAUAAUCAUCCUCAAAGACGACAGGAGACACACCUUGAGCACCUGCAUAGCGUGGACCGAGAAAUAGCAGUCACGGUAGCGUCCUAGCGCCGAUGUAUGGCUUUCGACUGACCUGAACUGAUGUGGGCGGCGAGAGGGCCACUGUGAAAACCUUCGACGGGACAUGCAGUACACGGACGGCGCUGUCACGGGUUAGUAUCGAGAGACACGAAUUGCUGCAUGCAGCAAUCGCAAAACGACGUGGAAUAAGAGCAUGCCUCCUUGUUUCUCCCUGAUCCCUCACCCUUUCUCAGAGUCCUUGGUCACAAGGGCCAUGGGCUGGUCAUCGUCAUGGCCCUGCUCAUGAGACUCCCAGCCCUCCUUCUCGUCGGCUGAUGACGCAUAAUCCACUGCCGCUUCGACAACGCCGCCAUCACCCCUCAGACGAGCCGCGAGCGUUAUGUUGCCCUGGUCGAGGCCCAAUGCCAAUACUGACAGGUAGACAGACAGAUGGAGAGAUCGAUCCUACGUGCGGCCAGCUGGUACCUGAAGGGCUAGUGCGGAAGCCCCAGAAGUGUUUGACACGAGAGAGGGGCUUGAGGGUGUACCUGGCACUUGACAGCAGCGUCGUCAGGUCGGGAUAGACACUCACGAUACAGCUCUGGUUCGUGUAGGCCACCGGUCGCGCAAGCCGGGCCGUCAGCCGCACAACAGUGAUCUCCUGAACGUCCUUCUUCCCAGCAGCCGCCGCGCUCCCCUUGCCCUUGCCGGGGCCCCCUGCCUGGUGACUGCCCGUCGUCAGGGCGAAAAAAUGCCGACCGAUUGCGUCGAUGCGCCUGAUCUCCAUCGCUGUCUGCGAGGACAGGGCCGCCUGCAGCGGGCAUGUAUAGAGACAGGUGAAGACGCGCAGCGACCAGAUGCGAAUAACAGCGUCCAUGCCGAUAGACAGCGCCCACUUCUGCGAGCGGUGGCGCGAUGGCGGGUCGAAGAAGCACACAUAGUGGACGCCGCGCUGAUGGCCGAUAAACGUAUGCUCCAGUCGAAGGGCGAACGUGAGGUGCACUACGGAACCGCAGACAGUUCAGGAUACUCUCAGUCGUCAUGCUUCGGCUUACCUUCUUCUUCCUCUUCGCCAGCAAAGCCAGCAAGCGUCCGAUGCUGCCCGGUGUGUCUGCGCGAAGCGGGUGACAUGGCGCGGUCAGCUUCGAUCACUUGCGUCUCCAUACGUUCAUAGCCAGCCCUCGGAGACACCUCGCCUGUCUCUGCCUCGAACCAGCUGGCCGCCUCGGACCUCUCACCCUCCGGCUGCUGCACCUUAUCCUUUGCGGCGCUGCUCGACCCCGAUGAGCUAGAGCGGUCGCCAGGAACAGGCGACUUCUUUCCUGAUGACAGCUGCUCGCCUGCGGCUCCGUCCUCCGUGUACUUCCAUAUGUUGAUGCGCGAGGACCGCUGCCGAUUGGCCGCGAUAAUGUUGUUGACCACGGCGUCACCGGUGAGGAUAUCGCCGCCUGUCUCGUCCCCCGCUGGCCCUGGCUGCACCCCAAUGUCGGCUGGGGAGAGCCUGUCGGAGAGGUUGAGGUAGGACAGCCAGUAGUUGACGCGGUUGUCCAGACUGCCGGUCAGCAAGAUCGUCUCAAGUUUGGACACUACUUGGAGGUCGACGGAUGUGAUGGGCUCCCGAUGCAGCCGGUGGCCUUCAGCCCUCAAGCGCAGCCCAAAGUCAAGUAUCCACACCGUCGACUCCUCGGUCCAGACGGCGAUCCGCCGGUGGGCCAACGAUACCCUGAUGCCGAGGAUGGCGUGCUUCUUCGUCAGCUCCAGAAGACCGUCCCAGACGGGAAUCAUCUCGUAUCGAAAUGGGUGUUUCCUCGCAGUCUCCGGAUCCUUGACGCUAUUCUCGGCCCGCUUGUCUUCGGCCGAUGGCCGAAGGAUGAAACUGUGGAGGCCGUGUGGUGUGCCUGCCAGCACCACCGCCUCCUUGCGUUCAGGGCCGGAUGGGGCGCCGCCACGGCCGGCGGUCUGUGCUCGUGGGCUUCGGAUGAAAUGGCCGAUACAAGAGACCUUCUCUGGCGCUGUGAACGUCUCCAGCAACUCGAGAGACUCGCUGAGGAAAGAAAAACAGAGGAGAAAGGCAUACAUAUAAUUUGGAAAUCACACAGCGUGAUGUGCUUGCAGCUGACCUGUACAGCCGCCAUGCCAAGUCGACAUCGGCAGUGACGAUGACUCGGAAUACCGCCACGGAGUCGACUGCACUGAUGAUAUUCCUGCGCUGCUGGGGGAAAGUGAUCCGCCUCUGCUCCCCCUCAUUGUCCCACACUCUUGCCGUCCUGCAGAAGAGGAAAACAUAUGAGAGGGGCUUUCACAUGUUGAGAUCUCCUUGCAGAGCUGACGUGUCAUCUGAGCUGACGUUUCGUCUGCGCUGAGGAAUAUCCCCUCCCGCAGCUGCUUGAAGUGCUGAAUGACUGACUUGUGCUUGGAGAAUGUCACCUCCGUUUGCAGGCCGAACGACAGCCGCCCGCCAGCAGCAACCGCCUCUGCCAUCGUGUCGUUCGAAGUGGGGGCCGAGAGGGGGCCUACGCGUCACUGAGUCAACUUGAAGAGGCAGUGCGAUGGACCGGAUGCGCUUGGUUG